CUGAUCUCUCAGCCGCAUCCACACACACGCCUCAUUCUCAUCUUCAUCAUCAGAUCUGGUGUGAUCUCUGUAGGAUCUCACGUUCUCUAGAAGCGCUGGUUAAUCUACGUUAUACCACGGGGCCAUUGAAUGCUUUAUUCUGAUUGGUUGAGAAAUGUUCCACAGCUGGCGAUGGAUUGCAGACAGUGUGACUGCGGUCAUUAAUAUCUGAUCUGUGAUUGGCUCAUUCUGUUUUUGUGGCUGCUGUCACCAUGGCGAAGAGUCCAGAGGUGAAACUGGCAGUUUUUGGCAGAGCAGGAGUGGGCAAAUCCGCUCUGGUGGUGAGAUUCCUGACCAAGCGUUUCAUCUGGGAGUACGACCCAACACUCGAGUCCACGUAUCGCCAUCAGGCAAAUAUUGAUGAUGAGAUGAUUAGUAUGGAGAUUUUGGACACAGCUGGACAGGAGGAUUUGAUACAGAAGGAGGGUCACAUGCGUUGGGCAGAUGGGUUGAUUCUGGUUUAUGACAUCACAGACCGCGGCAGUUUUGAAGAUGUUGUUCCUCUGAAGGGACUUCUGGAUGAGGUAAAGAAACCCAAACACGUCCCGUUGGUUCUGUUAGGAAACAAAGCUGAUCUGGAGCACGCCCGACAGGUCUCGACAGAGGAGGGCGAGCGGCUGGCGGCCGACAUGGCCUGUGCGUUUUAUGAAUGUUCUGCGUGCGUGGAUCAGGUGGGCACAGGUGGAGGAGUGGCGGAGGCUUUUCAUGAGCUGUGUCGUGAGGUCCGGCGCAGACGGGCCGUACAGGGAAAAACACGACGCAGGAGCUCGACAACACACGUCAAACAAGCCAUUAACAAAAUGCUCACAAAGAUCAGCAGUUAAAGAGAGUGAUGAGUCUGAUGACAAAUAAACUAACAAAGGUUUCUUCAGUAUUACACAUGAAGAAAACUGUCAAUGUUGUGCUUUAAGAGCUGUACGUUUGUGUGAUCUAAAUCUAUUUAAAGGUGUCAUAUCACAAAAAAAAACUAAAGCCGUACUCACCUGCUGAUCUGAAAAAUCUCAAAUUCUACAAACCAAUGACUGAUAUUCAUUUUUAAUAAUAUAUCUGAUCAACACACAUUACAGACCUGAUGGAAUGGAUUUAUGUUAUGUAUUUUCUGUUAUUAUUUAACAUGUGAUGAGGCAAAAACAAACUUUUUAGGAUCCGAUACACACCAAAUGAUUUUACCUCUUACAACAAUCCUAGUUAAAGUCUAGAUUGUUUUUGUGGUUGGACCGAUUAUCUUAUCAGAUUUUCCAGCUGUGGUUUUAAGAGUGUGUAAACCUGCUCAGAAGCAGGUAUGAGGCGCUUAGAUCGCAAAUCGGAAAUAUUCAACAUGUCGAAUAUUUACGAUCAGAAAUCCUGUUGUGUGAAGGAACCUUGAGGAUAAACCAUAGAUUGUAAAAAUAGUGUCCAUGACAUCACCCGUAGGUUUGGAAAGGGCAUUUUUGAAGCCCAAAGUAGGCGGAGCCUUUCGUCGCCAUCUUGGCAGCGCGUCACUCCUGGAUAACCGAAAAUCGGCAAAGAGGGGGGACGUGGGUGGACCUAAGAAGACUGAAACCACGCCCACCUAGCUCGACUGUAGUAACAGCAUUGGAAGUUCACUUGUCACUCAAGUGGCCACGCCCUAAUUAUGCAGAAAGUUAAGGCUUAAUAUAAUUUAAAUGGAUGAGUUACAAAAAAAUUCACCCCCUCAUAGUUAUCAAGAAGGGCGAAAUUAGCUAUAUAGAUCUCACACAUUUAUUUCUUCUGUAAAGUUGGGCAUUUUAACAUUGGGGUCUAUGUAAAUUGACUCCAUUUUGGAGCCAUACUCUAGUGGCCCGUCGAUAAAUUGCAGUUUAUGUCACUCAGGGAAGGUUGUCCCUUGGGAUAUACGCAAACGCACGCUGUAGAUUGUCACGUGAAACGAAACGAUACCCAAUCAGAAAGCAAGCUGAUAAAAGACGAAACAACCUAACCGCAGUCAUGGUGCAGCAGGCACAGUCCAAAGUGUGAUGGACAUCAAAGAUGUAAAAAGCAGUCCACAGUAUUAAUGACAUUUCUUUAUCCCUGCCCUCCAUUUUGUUUGUUUACUGUUAAGUCACGUUUGACAAAGAGACAUUGUGAGAUUUCAGCGAGAUUUCCUGUGAAGGGAAUUUAAGAUGUGAUGUCUGGUGUGAAGCCCUUUAAGAUGUUUAUGGAUUGUGUUAUUUUCUGUGAUAUAUUUUUCAUACAGCUGAACUGAAGAUCAACAUAAAUAUCACCAUCACAGAUCUCAAUCCUUAUGUUGUUGUAUUCGAGAAAUCAUCCAUCAAAUACAACUAUUUCCUCCCCUAUAAUCACAGUAUUUAGACUUCAAACAUCCACCGGCUCUUCAAUCUGUGUAUGAGGAACAUCUCGCUGUGGAUCUGUAUCUCAUAUGAGUUUUAUUCAUUCAUUGAUCAGAUAAUGUGAGACUAUCAGGGGCCAAAUCCUGACCACAGCCAUAUUCAUCAUGAAUCAUUAAAACAUGUCUAAAGUAUUUCUAAACCACAGAUCUCAAACAAAUCUUUUUGAAUCAGAUUUACUACUUUGUCUGAUAUUGAUAAUAAUCUUUAUUUUUUUUCUUCUCCAGUAAAUUGACUUUAAUGCUGUUUACAGUACAUAAAUAUGCACAUCUGUGUAAAUGUAAAUGUCACAAAAGUCAACGGCUGCUGUGGCUGGUUGCAUAAACAUAGCUGUGAAGUUAAAACUGUGUCUUAAGAUCGAGUCUGACAAACUGGCAGUUAGUUAGGGGUCAUCAGUCCUACUAUUUUGCUUUAAAUUCGACCAAUCUACCACUUUAUGUAACAUACUUUAAACAGUUAUGAUCAGUCUUGAAGAAAAAAAAUAGAUGAGUAACUUUUAAGACUAAAAAGUUUAUGUAACCGGCCCCAGGUGUGCAUUUGUGAACCUUAAUCGUGAUUUCAUCACAGAGUCCAGAAUGAACCCUCAUUAUACACCUAUUAAAUACAGACUUCAUUAUAUACAUACCCUGUACAACCUGUGAUGAUAUCUGUGAUUUAAGAGAUUUAAGUCAGAAGAUAUACAAACCAUGAAACAAAAACAUCUGUCUCAUUUCAUAACAACCUUUAACUCAGUGGAAAAUUUCCCAUUUACUUUAUCAUCAAGUUUAUCUUGGAUGAUCGUUUGUUUUACUGCAGAACUCUACAGUACGUAACAAAAAGAUGUAAAAUAUUCUUUGCAAUACGCUAGAAUAAAUCAUACACACACACACACACACAUACACACAGAGCGAGAGAGAGUCUUGAUGUAAAUUCACGAUGCAGUAUUUCUGCGGAGUUAAUAAAAGAAAAUUUAAAUCUCAAACAUGCACUUUAUUGUUGACAUUCUUUGAGUUUGUGUUAUCAUUACAGUGUUAUGUGAAUGGCUGAAUUACAUCUGUAUUACACUGUUAAAAAAUAAUGUGAAUACUAACAGAAGAACCAAAAACUUCAGGCUUUGUGUGUGUGUGUGUGUGUAGGGUGUGUCAUGUUCAGAUGGAGGAUAAUUACACGCAUGUGUCUGAGAAUAGAAGCCACAGAAAACCACAAAUUUUAAGUUUAUAAGCAGCAGGUCAACACUGA